AUGGCCGAAUCUUGCUACGAAGAAGAAUCCUACGAAGAGGAAGAAGAAUCCAAUUCUUUGGAAUAUGAAUCUGAAUACUCAUCGUCUUACUAUUCUGAUUGGAUUGGCGAUUUUUUGCACACUGAAAAUCUUGAUUGGAUUGCGAAAGUUGAUAAUUUUUUCUUAGGAGAUGAUUUCAACUUAAAUGGAUUAUCUGAUGAAGUAAAAAACUAUAAAAAUCUUAUAAAAGUUCUUCGCGGAACAGAACCUGAGGAUAUGCCAUAUACAAUUGAAACCGAUAGAGAACUUCAAAAGCUUUAUAUGCUUAUACAUGCCAGAUAUAUAUAUACAGAAUCAGGUUUAUACCAGAUUUAUGAAAGUUAUCAAGAGGGAGCAUAUGGAAAAUGCCCGAGAAUAGCUUGUAAUGGUCAAAAAUGUAUUCCUUAUGGUAUGUCUACAAAGUAUGGAGUCUCUCCAUGCUUAAUUUACUGUCCAAGAUGCAAAGAUGUUUACAGAUCUCCAAAUCCCGAAAUGAAUCGUUGGGAUGGUUGUGCUUUUGGUCCAUAUUUUGCACAUGUUUUUGAAAGAGAUUUAUCGCAUCUAUUAAAAAUUCCGAAAUGUGAAGAAUGCAAAUUGUCUAUUAAAGGCUUUAAGCUGGCUGAUAGCAAGAGGAGAUUAAGGAGAAAAUAG